CAGCACUGAUAACCAGAUCACGCCGACAUCUGCGCUCGCGCUCAUAGAAGAUAUACACAGCUUGUUAUUUACCGGACUUCCUCGGAUUUAUUUUGGAUUACUACUACUAUAUUCUUCUUCUUCGUUGAUUUCUCCAUUUUUGAAGGACAAAAUGGGCAAGACUCGUGUUGCUCAUAGUCAGAACUAUAAGAAAGAAUACGGGAAACAAUUUCCAGUUGCAGCAUCAGCACUCGGACUUCAACACGCAUUUUGCAUUGUGUGUUCGGCCGACUUCAGUAUCAACCAUGGGGGAAUGAAUGACAUUCAGAAACACAUGAACUCGAAGAAACAUAAAGCUUUCAGCGAAAUUAAGGACAAGGCUCGUCCAAUUUCAACCUUCUUUUCUUCUUCUGGAGAUCUCGAUGUCAUCAGAGCAGAAACUUUGUUUACUGAAUUCAUCAUAGAACACAACUUGCCCUUUUCUGUGGCUGAUCAUGGCACCAAGCUGUUUCGUAAAAUGUUCCCCGACUCCAAUGUUGCAAAAAAAUACUCAUGUGGACGGACGAAAACGUCGUAUCUCGUAGAAGCUCUUGGGAAACAAUCGAAGCAAAGUAUCUUGGAUGUAAUUCGAGUGUCACCGUUCAGUAUGGCAACAGACGGCAGUACCGAUUACGAGGAUGUGAAACUCUACCCAAUUUGUGUAAGAUACUGUGAUCCCAACAGCGGCAAAGUCAACUCAGUCAUCCUGUCUUUGAAAGAGUGUAACAAGCCAUCAACUGGAGAAAACAUUUUCAAACUGUUGGAGGCAGAAAUGGAUGAGCUUGAAAUUCCCUGGGAAAAUCUGAUAUGCUUUUCUGCAGACAAUGCAUCUGUUAUGCUAGGAAAGAUGAAGGGAGUAGCUGCAUUUCUUCUUCGGCAGGCUCCAUCCCUCCACAUUGCUGGUUGUCCCUGUCAUCUUAUUCACUUGGCUGCAGGAAGGGCUGCUAAACAACUGCCAGUUUUCGUUGAUGAUCUCCUCGUAGAUAUUUUCUACUACUUAGAGAAAAGCAGCAAACGAAAACAAGAGUUCAAAGAGUUCCAGAAAAAGGCUGGUGUCCCUCAUCACAAAAUUGUGAAGCAUGUGGCAACCCGUUGGCUUUCCCUGGGGCACUGUAUUGAGCGUCUGCUAGAACAAUGGAAUGCUUUGUUGUUGUUCUUCAAUGAAGAGGACAAGAAGAAUAAUCCAUGUACAAGGAAACGCAGUGCAUCGGACCCUCUCGUUACCUCUCCCCCUAAGAAACAGAUGACACUACAUGCCACCAACACACCAAAGUCUUCAAAGACUGUACGUAUAACAUCACGUUCUUCACUAACUGGCACUGUGGUGAGAAAAGUAGCAUCAUCUUCAAAGACAAAGACACUGACUGGCACUGUGGCGAGUAAAGUAGCAUCAUCCUCAAAGACACUGACUGGUACUGUAGCAAGCAAAGUAGCAUCAUCCUCAAAGACACUGACUGGUACUGUAGCAAGCAAAGUAGCAUCAUCCUCAAAGACAUUGACUGGCACUGUGGCAAGUAAAGUAGCAUCAUCCUCAAAGACACUGACUGGUACUGUAGCAAGCAAAGUAGCAUCAUCCUCAAAGACAUUGACUGGCACUGUGGCAAGUAAAGUAGCAUCAUCCUCAAAGACACUGACUGGUACUGUAGCAAGCAAAGUAGCAUCAUCCUCAAAGACAUUGACUGGCACUGUGGCAAGUAAAGUAGCAUCAUCCUCAAAGACACUGACUGGUACUGUAGCAAGCAAAGUAGCAUCAUCCUCAAAGACAUUGACUGGCACUGUGGCGAGUAAAGUAGCAUCAUCCUCAAAGACACUGACUGGCACUGUAGCGAGUAAAGUAGCAUCAUCCUCAAAGACAUUGAAUGCAGGGAGUGCCACUGGUCCUGAUAAGACUCCACAUUCUGCACAGAAGUCAUCAGCUGCAAAGUCCCAACCAUCAUCAUCUUAUGCAUCAACAAAAUCUCGUAAUGUCUGCACUAUGAUGAAAGAUCCAAACUACAAACUGUACUGUCUAUUCUUGACAAAAGCUAUACCCAUUUUUGAAGUGGCCAAUAUCUUUCUUCAAAAAGAUGAGCCAUGCAUACAUAGAUUACAUAGUGUUAUGUGUCACCAGCUGCAAGAAUUGCUUGUCAGGUUUGUUAAGCCAGAUGUUGUAGCCAAACUGUUACAAUCCAAGGUAUAUGAAGUAGACUUUCACUCUGAAAUGAAUCAGAAAUGUGACGAUGAGUUAUUCAUUGGACAACCAGCCCGUCAAUUCAUUAAAGAGAACACAGAAUCAUGUAAUGUGAAGGAAUUCUAUGCCAGUGCAAGAAAAUAUUAUGUGGCAGCAUGUGAGUACAUGAAGAAGUCCUACCCUUUCAAGGAUGAUGUUCUUGUCAAUGCUGAGAUCAUUGAUGUAGCAAAGAGGACAAACAUCAAGCUAUCCCAGUGGAUGUUCUAUGUGAAGAAAUACCCUCAGUGUCUAUCACCACAAGAGAAGGAACAAGUAGAAGACGAAUUCUGUCAUUUCCAAGCAGACCGUUUCUCUGAAGAAAUUCUUCAACCUGAUGUGAGAAUUGACCAGGUGUGGCAUUCCAUCUCCAAGCUGACAUCGCCUGCAACUGGCAAGCCCAAGUACACAUCCUUGUACAAAAUUGCGAGGGUACUACUUGUGAUGUACCACAGCAAUGCGGACUGUGAACGCAUAUUCAGCCUCGUCAAUAAGAACAAAACAGAGUUUCGUGCUUGCUUGUCAACUCGUAUGCUAGGCAACCUCAUGACCAGGCGGAUGGAGUUACUUGCUUCAGACACACCCUGCUACAUGAUGAACCAUUCUAGUCAGCUACUGAAGAAGGCCAAAAGUUGUACAUCAGUUGGAUUGGUUGGUUCCAGUAGCCAGUAAUUCUGAAUCUUUCUACCUUUGCAAAAUAGGGCUCCUAACUGAGGUGGGUAGUGAAACAUGUAGUUUUGUGAGUGUUCACAUUUUGAUAUUUCAAAAAUUGUUUAUUAUGUGUGGGGCGAAAAGGUUGAAGGAAAAGGCCCAUUUGCACCAUUAAAAUGGAGAG